AUGGGUGUAUGUGGUUCUAAAGAAAGUGCCGAUGCGCAUAAAGGGUCUAACAACAAUGAAGCUGCCAAUGUUGCUAAGAGCAAACCGACUGAUUCAAAUUCUCCAAAUGUAACAAUAAGAACAAAAAAUAAAAAUAACAACAAUUCGCAAGAUGUUCCUUCGCAUCCAAGUGCAAAUUCAAACGUAAAUAAAUCUUCAAAUGCAGUGGAUAGUAAAAAUAGUAGCACCGAGGAUAUCAGUGAUGGAUUGAAUACUGACAUGGAAAACGCUGAUUUAUCUUUGACUAACUCUAAGACAGAUGCUACUUUGUCAAAUGAAAAACAUAUACCAAAAGUCUUACUAUUGGGUACUGGUGAAAGUGGUAAGUCCACCGUCUUUACACAACUAAGAAUUAUCACCAACAAUAAAUUUGACGAAUCAGAAAGAUUAUCAUAUAGAAAUUCCAUUCAUGAAAAUAUCCUGGAGAUUGGCGAAGAUCUAAUUAGUGGGAGAAGACAUUUCAAUAUAACGAUUACAGAAGAUGAAGAGAAAGAAUAUCUAAUAUCGGAAAAGGAUUUAGAUUUUUUUGUAAAAGAAUCUUAUGAACUCAGAUGUCAUAACAAAAUGGCAGAGCUUGAGCAAUUUCCAGAACAUCUAGUAAAUAUCUUGACAAAAUUAUCACAGCUUCCAAGUACAAAGGAUUUAUUAGAUGAUUAUGAAAAGAUAUCACAGAUAUAUUUAAUGGAUUCAAUAAGAUAUUUUAUUGAAAAUUUACCAAGAAUUGCAAAAGCAAACUAUUCUCCUUCGGAUCAAGAUAUUAUUCGCUCAAGAAGUAAAACAUCGGGUAUUCAUGAUGCAUAUAUUAACAUUGGAAAUAACUCUAAAAUACACGUCUUCGAUGUCGGUGGACAAAGGUCAGAACGUAAAAAAUGGAUUCACUGUUUUAAUAAUGUAACGGUGGUCAUAUUUUGCGUGUCAUUGUCAGAAUAUGAUCAAUUUUUAAUCGAAGAUAAAUCACAAAGUAGGUUCCAUGAAAGUUUGGUAUUAUUCGAAAAUAUUGUUAAUAGUAGAUGGUUCUCAAGAACAUCGGUUGUUUUAUUUUUAAAUAAAAUAGAUUUAUUCGUUGAAAAAUUGAAGAAAGUUCCUUUAGAGAAAUAUUUUCCGGACUAUACAGGAGGUCAAGAUAUUAAUAAAGCAGCAAAAUAUAUUCUAUGGAGAUUCUUUCAAUUAAACAGAGCCAAUUUAAACAUUUAUCCACAUAUAACACAAGCAACAGACACAUCAAAUAUUAAAGUAUUAUUCUCUGCAGUUAAAGAAACAAUUCUGCAGAAUAAUUUAAAAGAUUCAGGUGUGCUGUAG